AUGAACAGCGAGGAGAUCUUAAGAAACAUUCGCGUGAAGCGGGAGCCGUGGCUGCGACAGAAGCAUCCAGGUUUAAUUGAGGUAUUUGAUGCGCCUGAAUCGGAUUUCUACGAAGUUGAAUGUUACCACUUACAAAACCGCAAACAAAGAACCAUCAUAAAAGUGUUCCGAGGAGUUAUUGGUGUGUCGGAAGAGCUCAGCGAAUUGUUCGUGUACCAUGGUGAACAAGAUAUUUAUCAGACAUUCGAUCAGCGCUAUCCUCAUACAUGGACUGUUCAGAAAUUUGGUGCCGGGGGAAAGUGGAUGAUUGGAUGCUUUAUUAUGGGCGAAUUACACAAACUCUUUGACGUCACUGUGAUAGGCUUUCCAUCUAUGCCCAUUAUGACACCAUGGAAACCAACUCGGAUUACUCCAGGCCUGAAGAUGCAUUUCAAAUGUGAAGUCAAGAACCAACCGUAUGUCACUUCGGUCAAAAUCAGUAUCAAACGAAUUUCUGGUCCCGAAAUAUUCAACGUCAAUGGUAACCAAAUGACUCUACGAGAUGAUGUUACUGUCAACACGGAUCAAGAUGAUUCGGUUUAUCGUUGCAUCGCUGAUAGCGGGAAAAUUGUACUUUUCGAGGAAUUCGAAGUGAAGGUGGUUGACCGUGAUAUUUUGCAACCUGUCAUCAAGCCAGACGUGUCCUGGUUGGCAGCCUCUCAGGAAAACUUCACAUUCAACUGUACCCUUGACAACAACGAAAUCAGCGACAAUCUAUAUCUAUUCAUGAAAGGCUUUAGGAUAUCUCCGAACGUUCAGAAACUGGAGCCUCGACUCAAUCGCAUUCGUCCGGAUGUGAUCCAAAUAGGAAGCUCAGAUUCUAUUGAGAUUACACUUCAAUGUGUUCUUAGAACUGAGAAAGUUUUGAACAUAGUUAAGAAGAUCAUUUAUAUAGAAAGAGUUCCCUACAAACCUUGUGUGUUCAUCGCCGAAAAAAACAUUGCAUCUCCUAAAAUUUCGAUUCAAAGGAUUGAUGGACCGGAUGGUUUCAUCGAGAUAGAGCAAGAUUCGAUAAUUCCGAUAGUGGAUGGUCCGUCGCCGAUAGUAACGUUUAAGUGUUCGGUAACUACUAAGGAUGGUGUGCUCAUUGACAGCGCACGAAUUCGGACCAUGAUCUUUGGACGUGACUGGCUUCAACAACUACCCAUACUCACGUUAAACCUGGUCUCGACACUCCCUGAGGUUCAAUCUCUUAUCCGCAAUUACGAAGAAGUAUUUCCAGAACCAAAGACGGGCAAGUUCUCCGAGAGGAAUGUGUACAUAUGCGUUCCGCCGGGAACACAACCGCGAUUUCUGAAGUCUCGGUCACUCCCCCACUUGAUGCGUCCAAAGGUCCAAGAAGAACUUAACCGUUUGCAACACGAAGGAAUAAUUCAAACCACGGAGUUCUUGAAAUGGGCUACGCCAAUUGUACCAGUACUGCAACCGGACGACACAGUUAGAAUUUGCGAUCUAGCUCAUGCUUACGAGCAACUGGAACCAACAGAGGAAGCGAAACCCGUUACAGCCAUCAGUACUCAUAGAGGUCUGUUUAUGUUUAAUCGCCUUCCUUUUGGAAUCCACUCUGCUCCAUCCGUAUUUCAACGCACAAUUGAAAACAUUGCAGAGAUACCUAAAACGUUCGUCUAUCUGGACGAUAUUCUGAUAACCGGGUGUACCAUGGAGGAGCAUUUAAAGUCGUUGAAACUGGUACUUGAUCGUUUGAAGGAGUGUGGACUAAGAAUAAAGAAAGAAAAGUACGACUUCCUGGUGGAUCAUGUGGACUAUUUGGGUUUCCGCAUCAGUGCAGAGGGUUUGGCCCCCCUAGCCGAGAAAAUACGUCCAGUAGUAGAGGCACCGCAACCAAGGAAUAAACAUGAACUAGGAUCAUUUUUAGGCAUGGUUAAUCACUAUGCGAGGACGAAGACUUCGAACACGUUUGGACCUGCUGCGACCGGAUUUGGCGCUUAA